GAACCCAACCCAUAUAUUUGUUUAUUUUAAUUGGAACCCUGGUAAGUAGAAUUUAUUAAAUUAUUACGAGACCAUAUCAUAAAGACAAAGGAGGGUAUCUCUACGGCCACGCAUGGCCUCCUUUAGUUUCAGGACUCUGCAACACCAAGGGCACUUGCUUUCCAUCACUCUUUGUGAGUACCCUUCAUCUUUUACUGCUUUCAACUUCCCUUGUUUCUCUCAUUUUCUUGACCGUUCACCUCCAAAACACAAAAUUUCUUUACUUUUCGUAGAUAGAAGACAUGUUAGAGUUAGACAACAAUUUCAUGCAAAAUUACCCACAAAAGACUGUGAAACCUUAAGAAAGACUGGGAAUUCUAGAAGUAAGAAAGAAGCUGGUUCUGGGUUUAGUUCUUUAAGGUCUGAAAAUGAGGGAGCAGAGAGAAACUCCUUGGAAAACCUGUCUUGUUCAGUGUUGGAAGAGAAGGCUGAAGAGAAGAGGUAUGCAAAAGAUAAUAAUGCAAGAAAAAGAGAGAAAUUAUUUAAAGAAGGGAGAGAAAUGGGUUCUGGGAAUUCUUCAUUGAGGGUUGAAGAUGAGAAUAUGGGGGUUAAAUUCAAAUCUUCUAAUACCAUGAACAAUUCAGUAGCUAAGAAUGGUGAUGGGGUGGUGGGAGAGAAAAAGGUGGGGAAAAGGUCUAAGAAAGAUAAGGCUAAUGCACCUGAAGUACACUUGAGAGUUCAGCUGGAAAUGUGUUCAAAGAGGGGGGAUGUGAUGGGGGCAAUUCAGUUGUAUGAUGAGGCUCUGAGAGAAGGAAUGACAAUGGGGCAGUACCAUUAUGCUGUGCUUUUGUAUCUUUGCUCUUCUGCAGCUGUGGGUUUUGUUCAACGUGCUAAAAGUGGUAGUGGUAGUCGAACUUUAAAUAUGUUACACGUGUCCAAUGGAGCUUCGAAUGAGAAUUCAAUAGGGUUGGGUGAAUCAAUAGAUGAGGAUAGUGAGAAUUCUAGUUCUUCAGAAUUGAGCAAUCCUCUUUUAAACAAUGGGAAAUUAGUCGAUAGUGGUAGAAGCCAGGAGAAUAGUGAAAAAAUGGAGGCUAAGUUUAGUAAAAGGUUUGAUAAUCUAGAUAAUAGUUUUCCUGGCAAGAACUUAAUUCAGUUUUCAAAUGGGUCUGUAAAGCCAUAUUCUCAACUUUCGGUAGGUUCUAGUUCUCAAAAAAAGGGAGAUGAAGAUCAUUUAGAUAAAAUCGAUGGGAGCAGCAGUGACCAAGAAGGUUAUAAAAUUUGGGUAAGUGAAGAUGUCAAGAAGUAUGCACUUCUCAAGGGAUUUGAGAUCUAUGAAAAGAUGUGUUCUGAUAAUGUCCCAAUGAAUGAAGCAACCUUGACAGCUGUGGCAAGAAUGGCAAUGUCAAUGGGUAAUGGUGAAAUGGCAUUUGAUAUGGUAAAGCAAAUGAAGCCACUGGGUAUAAAUCCUAGAUUGCGGUCUUAUGGUCCUGCUCUAUCUGUUUUUUGCAAUACUGGAGAUGUUGACAAAGCAUUUGAUGUUGAAAAACACAUGUUGGAACAUGGUGUUCAGCCAGAAAAGCCUGAACUGGAGGCACUCUUAAGAGUUAGCGAAGAAGCCGGAAAAGGUGACAAGGUGUAUUAUUUAUUGCAUAAACUAAGAACAAGUGUAAGAUUAGUGUCAAUUUCUACUGCAGACAUAAUUGUAAGAUGGUUUGAGGGCAAGGCAGCCUCAAGAGUGGGGAAACGAACAAUGGAUCAGAGAUUAAUAAAGGAAGCAAUUGAAAAUGGAGGGGGAGGUUGGCAUGGGCAGGGCUGGUUGGGUAAAGGAAGGUGGAACGUAUCAGAUACAGCUGUUGGAGAUGAUGGCUUAUGUAAAUGCUGUGGGGAAAAGUUGGCUUUAAUAGAUCUUGACCCUGUAGAAACAGAGAAGUUUGCUGAAUUAGUUGCAUCUAUAGCAAUAAAGAGAGAUAAGAAUUUCAGCUUUCAAAAAUUUCAAAAAUGGCUUGACUACUAUGGACCAUUUGAGGCUGUGGUAGAUGCAGCUAAUGUUGGUCUUUUGAACCAGAGAAGAUUCAUGCCAUCAAAGGUCAAUUCUGUUGUUGACGGAAUACGCCGGAAACUUCCAUCAAAGAAAUGGCCACUCAUUGUUUUGCAUAACAAACGGAUCACUGCACGGAAGAAGGAUAAACCAGUAUAUAAAGCAUUACUUGAAAAGUGGAAAAAUGCAGAUGCACUAUAUGCAACACCUACUGGAUCCAAUGACGAUUGGUACUGGUUGUUUGCAGCUAUCAAGUUCAAGUGCUUAAUUGUGACCAACGAUGAGAUGAGAGACCAUACAUUUCAACUUUUGGGAAAUGACUUCUUUCCAAAAUGGAAAGAAAGGCAUCAAGUGCAUUUCAGUUUUUCGAAAGCUGGUCUAGUUUUUUCCAUGCCUCCUCCCUAUUCUGUUGUAAUUCAGGAAUCAGAGAAAGGUCACUGGCAUAUUCCCAUUGAAUCCGAACUUGAUUAUGAUACUGAAAGGACAUGGUUAUGCAUUACACGAGCAAACUCACAUGCAGUGAGGGAAGAUUCCGCAAUGAUAACUGAAGAUUCGCAGCCUCUUGACCAUAAUAAGGAAUGUCCAAGCCCAACUACUCAAACCAAAGUUAAUACGAACUCUCUGCCACUAAAUGAUGGCAACCAAGAUAAACCACAAAAGCGUACUGAGGAAAUAGACAAAAAUAUCGGAGAUAUUUUGUCAGCUUCCAUCUCCUCGGAUCAAUACACUGUUCUGUCUGAAAUAGAGGCUGCAGAGAUGGUAGGUAACUGUGUAAUUGAUUUUCAAAUAUGAAGCAAGUGGCUGUUGUGUAAAGUUGCAGAAAUACAAAUGAACUCCCAGUUGGAAUCCCUUUGUAUAGCUUUGAAGAAGUCCCUGAUUGAUGCUUGGUUUACUUUAGCAAGGUUUUUGCCCAUUGAAAAGUUACUAUAACAUAUAUUGAGGGUAUUUCUUUCAGGAGAGGUGGAGGAGUGGGGUGGGGAAGGAAAAAGGUUGCUGUUUCUUCAUAUGCAGUUGUAAUUUUGUUCUCAUUGAAAAAUUCAUUUUUGAGAAGAAAUCAGUUCAUCCAUGCUUGCAAACAGUAGAUUUUGCUGAUACUACCCGUUAAAAUGUCUUCUGGCUCUGCAAUCACUUGUCGGUGAGUCACAUGCUAGCUCAGAUUUCAGCUACUCAAUUUAAUUAAUCACCAGCAUAAUCACUCGGAUAUAUGCUGGCAGGCAGACCAUACAUUCUGUUGCUGCAUUAUAAUAACAGGUUACAUUUUGUUAUUGCUGGGAAUAGUUGCAUAUUAUACCAAUUGAUCUUGUCUUCUUUCUACAAAGUUAGAGAAGGUUGGUAAAGAGUCUAAAGACUAAUGUGACUCGAUUUGGUCGCCUUUUUUUUUUAACUUGGAUUUACUCUUUCUUUCACAACAAACAAAAAAAACAAUGAUCAAAGAAUUUCUUGAAAAGUUUCCCCUGAUUAGCAUAAAGAAAAAAAAAAAAAAAACUUU